AUGCUACCCACUCCGUCCACCUCGCAUGUGGCCUUCGACACGAUCUACGAACCCGCAGAAGACAGCUAUCUCUUCCUUGAUACCCUAUCUGAUCUCGAAGAGUCCAUAUGGCUCUCUGAAAGAUUCAGUCUGGAGCAACCGGGCCAGAGAAAUGGUCCCCUUCCUACAAGCGCCAGCUCUCCAUCACCAGUUAUCGUCGAGGUUGGGACGGGAUCUGGUGUGAUUCUAGGGUUUCUUGCUGCCAACUGCAAAACAAUCAUAGGCAGAUCCGACAUACUAACUAUAGGCACUGAUGUGAAUCGAAACGCGUGUAGUGCAACUCGACAAACUGUCAAAGUUGCUAUCGCAGACAAGUAUGCAGAGGAGAGUUUCGGGGCAGCGCCAGCAAACAAGCAGGAGGCGAAUACAAAGGCGUCAACCCCAAUUCAACCGCUCGCUGUGAUCACAGGAGAUCUCUGUUCCUCAUUGCGCCCCGGGAUGGUUGAUAUUCUACUAUUCAACCCUCCAUAUGUACCAACUCCGGAACUUCCACAUCUCCCUUCUCCAUCGGAGGCCACAUCUAGUACGAGCGGAAUGUCCAGGUUCGAAAUGGAAUCUUAUCUUUUAUCUCUCACAUAUGCUGGAGGUGAACAUGGAAUGGAGACUACGAACCGCUUGUUGGACUCAAUUCCCCAGAUUUUGAACCCCGAGCGUGGGGUUGCCUACGUCUUGUUAUGUGCGCAGAAUAAACCCCAAGAAGUUAUGGGCCGCAUAAACGGAUGGGGAAACGGUUGGAAGACAGAGAUAGCUGGUAGAAGCGGCGUGAAAGCCGGGUGGGAGCGCCUAGUUAUUAUCAGGAUAUGGAGGGAUUGA